UGGUCGGUUAUAUGCUUUCGGAGCCUCGCCGUAGUCCGCCCUCAGGCCGCAGAGUAUUGGAUGAGUUCGGGGGUUACCUGCCAAACACACCAACAGGUUGUACAGUAAUUAGUAGCAGAUAGAUCGCAACAAGUCAGUACAAAUGGAUCUCGGCUGUGGGGUACAGUACACACGGCUACUUCAGGGAGUAGCCUCCUUUACGUUAUAUACCCUGUGCUCCUGUUGGAAAUCCUAAAGCCUUUCCUCUCCAUUUAAGUUCUCACUCUACACAUUCCUUUUACCUACUCUUACUAGUAGUCUAGCCCCCUGUGGUCCAGUCACGCCAUCCAGAGAGCCAAAUAGUAUCCCAAGCCCCUGUGGUCCUGUGCCGAACAUAAAACAAACCCAAAAAUGGCCGGCUCUUCAUCAACAGGAAUCAAAAUGACGAAACGGCUGGUGACGGCCACGCGCCAAUGGAGCAACACUGGCAUCCACAACAACAUUCACAUCCAGCGGCGGUUCGCAUCGACACGACCGACAUUCAACUGGGAAGACCCGCUUGCCGCACAGAGUCUGCUGACCGAAGAAGAAAUCGGGAUCCAAGACACGGCCCGCUCCUACUGCCAGGACAAACUGCUGCCGCGAGUACUGGACGCGUAUCGAAUUGAAGACUACGACCGCGAGAUUCUGCGGGAGAUGGGCGAGCUAGGCCUCCUCGGCGCAACCAUCAAGGGAUACGGAUGCGCGGGAGUCAGCAGUGUUGCGUCUGGCCUGAUUACGCGUGAAGUCGAGCGUGUGGAUUCCGGAUACAGGUCCGGCAUGUCGGUCCAAAGUUCGCUAGUGAUGGGCCCAAUCGAGCAAUUCGGCAAUGCGGAGCAGAAGGAUCGAUGGCUGGAGAAGCUGGGCCAGGGGAAACUGGUCGGAUGUUUCGGCUUGACUGAGCCCAACCACGGCUCGGAUCCGGGGUCGAUGGAAACCACUGCCAAACAGCACCCGACUAAGGAAGGAUACUAUGUGCUCUCGGGGGCAAAGACGUGGAUCACCAACUCGCCGAUUGCGGACUUGUUGCUGGUCUGGGCCAAACUGGAUGGUGUCAUUAAGGGGUUUGUGAUUGAGCGCGACGCCUGCCCGCCUGGUACGCUUGAAACGCCCGCACUCAAGAACAAGACUGGUCUGCGUGCCUCUAUCACCGGCAUGAUCCAGCUUGACAACUGUCCUGUUCCGAAGGAAAAUAUGUUGGAAAGCGUCUCAGGCCUCAAGGGCCCGUUUAGUUGUUUGAACUCCGCCAGAUAUGGUAUUGCUUGGGGUGUCAUGGGCGCCUUGGAAGAUUGUAUCGAUCGUGCCAGGACCUACUCGCUCGAGCGCAACCAAUUCAAACAGCCCCUUGCGAGGUUCCAGCUCAUCCAGAAGAAGUUGGCUGAUGCUACGACGGAUGUCGCUUACGGUAUCCUUGCCGCCCAUCAGGUGGGUCGCUUGAAGGAUGCCGAGGCCGAUGCUGCGCACCAGGCGACUCCUGAAAUGAUCUCUUUGAUCAAGAGACAGAACUGUGAUCGUGCUCUGGUCCACGCAAGGACUUUGCAGGAGAUCUUUGGUGGAAAUGCCGUCAGUGACGAAUACCACAUCGGCCGCCAUGUCGCCAACCUCUUCGUCACUCAGACCUAUGAAGGUCAGAGUGAUAUCCAUGCUCUUAUUCUUGGAAGGGCAAUCACUGGCGUGCAAGCCUUUGUUUGAGGAGGACAUCGGUGCUUCCGUUUCUGCAUAGGGCUUGCAUCACUGCCCGCAGUUUGAGCGUUUGGUGUCAAUUUGUGCUGGUGUUCAGGAUCAUUCUGACCUCUUGUCAUUAUUUAUGAGGGCAGGUCUGCAGGUAUGGGUGGUUGUCGCCAUUGAGACAUGUCGAAUUGAUAAUCCGAUGGUUCAAGAGACGUUGGCAUCAUGAAGUAAUUGUCCGGAUCUAAAAAGCGAUCAUAUAGUUGGGUCUGUAAACUCAUGUCAAGCUGUCUUUGUUGGGCGGCAGUCUGGAAAUUGUGGAUGGCCGGACCCAUUUCAAAUGUGUUUUGCAGGGCAUAGUAUUCUGGAGUCGAAAUGAUGUUUUCAAGUCCUGCAUUCGUAUCCAUCAUGCCUUCCGCCGACAACUGGCUUGUUGACUCAACCGUCCCGG